AUGGGUGCAAUUUUGGCUGCAACAGAUCCUGUAGCAGUUGUUGCAAUCCUGGAAGAUAUUGGUGCUCCACAACGUAUUAAAAUAUUGGUUGAGGGUGAAUCGUUGCUCAACGAUGGCCUAUCUAUUUUCGUCUAUCAAAUUCUCCGCAAUUUUGUUUUGAAGGAAAUAAAUUUGCCAUCUUAUCCGUACACUUUUGUACAUUACGCAGCAAUGUGCUUAAGCUGUAUCGUAAUAUCACCGCUGUUGGGAUAUACUAGUGCUCAUCUUACUGUUAUGAUCAUACGGUAUGGUAUUAGUGAAGAGAAAAGAAUUCAGAUGUUUUUGGUGAUUUCGGUAUACUUUGUAUGGCAAUUAGGUGAAAUAACCAAAGGAUCAGCCGCUGUAGCCACUGUAUUUUAUGGUGUUACACUGAACUAUCUUAGAGAAAGAUUAAAUCCGAGAAGUGUGGAAUUAACUUUGCAAAUUUGGACAGCAUUCGGUUAUUGGGCUAACUGCAUCGUAUUCAUGUUCAGUGGUUAUGCCAUCGGUCUGUUGCUCUUCAAUAAUUCGGUUGAGAUCGAUGUAAUCUAUCAUCUGAUCUCCGGCAUACUGUUAUUUCCCAUAUCAUUGGUGGCUCGUAUGUUAGCGUUGGUUGUAUUUCGUGAAUUAUGGAAUGCACUUGACAGUUCUCACAUUGUCUAUGAUACCGAUUACGUCCUUUUGGCUUAUGGUGGUCUGAAAGGAGCAUUGGCACUUCUACUAGUACAUGAGUUUACUGAAAGUGUUCAAUAUGAUCCGUAUGCCCGUCGAGUUGGCGAGAAAGUGAUACUUUAUGCGAGUUCCGCUGUGUUCGUUUGUUUGGUGGUUCAGGGCAUGACAUUUUCGCACGUUACUAAUCGUGAAGGGACAAAUCGCCGAUCACGUUACAUUAAAGAUUCGGAGAAGAACGUAGAACGACAUCUAAAUCGUACGUUACGUGCAAAUAUAGCGGCAAUGCGUCAGCAGGCUGACUCUUAUCUUACAGAGGCCAAUUGGACCGUUGUCAAUGAGCAAAUCGAAGCUAAUGUUUUCAAAGGCUUUGCAAGCAAUAUCGGACAGUAUUCGCGGGUGCAAACCAGCAUGUAUGAUGAAUCGAUGAAAAGUAUUGACAGUCAGUCGGUAGAUGAGUCACUUCUUAUGAAGAAAGACGACAGUGAUGUUUGUACUGGUUACUAUAGCAUUCUUCUUGCUCGAGUAUAUAGCCUUUGGACUUUGGGUGCGAUUUCCGGACGAGCAGCUCAUUUAGUAAUCGACCUUCUGGAACAUGGUGUUGACGAAGGAAAAUUAACGUUAGAUGACUUCUGCGAGCAUCUGAAUUCAGCUGAUAACAAGUGGUACCAUCAUGUCGAAUUGAAGAUCCUAACAGUAUUGCGGUGUUGGAUUGAUACAAAUACAAAGCUGAAUCGCCUAAACUGGAUGGGUAUUCCAUUCUUGCCUUAUCCGAUCCCCACUAAUAUUUCUGUUUUGAAACCGGCUCGAUCUUUGGAAUGGUGGUGCAUAUUUUCUGCACUUUUGGCUACCAUUCAGUCGAUCCUGAUUGCAUUUGUCAUUUUCUGGCAACCAGCAGUUGGAACCGAUGUCAGCUAUUCAGUCCUGAUGUUCACAUUUCUGAUUGCCUUCAUUUUUUUUGUUGAAGAAGUGGUACAUUUUCAUCGAUUACGGAAACCAACAUAUCGAAUGGAAUUGGAUCGUCUGCAUAUGCGCUGUUUUCAAAACGUGAACCGGAUUACUAUCGAGUUUAUCCUAUUUCUUGUUUAUAUAUCAUUAAUUGUCGGUAUCUGCAUCGUCCUAUCAAUUAUAUUGGCCAAAUAUCCGAGUGGUUCAUGUAUACAAGAUAACGGACAAUGGAGAAUAUUAUACGUAUGCAAUACGAUGCGCUUUAUACUUCUUUCAUUUAUGGUACUUUUGACACUUCUGAAAAUUCUGCGCAUUACACCACUGUUCAUUUUCACACUGCAUGAAUCAUUGUAUACUGCUGGUCUCCUGCGUGUACGUAUUCAACUCUCAGCACUUUAUUUUCUUCAAUUCUUGCUUAGUCAACCACCAGCAAAAUUUACGUUUUUCCCGGGUGAUUCCUAUCAUGUAGCAUUAGGAGAGCAAAAACAUUUGAAUAAAAUUGUGGAUGCAUUGAUCCGCAAAGCAAUGAAAAAAAACAAAGAAGUGGUUGAUUUAAUUACUGUUAUAAAGACUAAACAUGCCAUUCGUAUGGCUGCACAAACACUGGAGCACACUAUUGUUGAUUUGCAGAAGCAGGGAUUUUUGCACCAUGAAUCAGUGCGGCAAUGGGAGCGUUCUUUGAAUCGUUUACGUGAUCGAGGUGAACGUCUAAUUAAUUCUCCGGAUCCGAGUUAUCAGGAUACUCUAGAAUCCGUACAUUGGAUUCAGGCUAUCGAUAGUCAGAAAAGACAAGACUUAGUAGAUAAAUUGGUCAAAUAUCUUCAAACACAAUCAGGAAUUGAGCAGCCAAGCGGCCAAUUGGUUCAAACAUUCGGGAAGACAAUGUAUUUCAUCAGGAAGGGUAUUUGCAAAGUAACCGAAAUGACAUUAUCGAGGAGAGGAAAAGAGCAUAAGCAUGAUUACUAUGUAUAUCAGGGACGCUUUGUCGGGGAGCGAAAUUUGCUGGAUAAAAAUGAUUUCCGACGUGAAUCAGUGAAAAAACCAAAAGUUGAAUAUCGAACAUCGACUGAUUGUAUAUUGAUUAAGAUUGAUGAAGAUAUAAUGGAUAUUGUUCGCUCAUUUGACAGCUCAAUCGUUAGGGCAAUAUCGCGCAAGGAGCAAACAAGACGACUUAUAUAUGAACUGAAAGAACAACAUGAAUCUUUCGCUUUAAUAACACUGGAUGAAUUCGAAAAAUUGUACACGAAACAUGGAUAUUCAGUGGGCGGUCGAAUAGAUAUUGAAGUUAGGGUUGGAAGGAAGCUUAUUAUUGGAUUUCGAGCGAUGAUUGUUGCAUUGAAACCUCCAACGAGCUUGGAUGAUCAUUAUCAUAUUCUGGGACCAGCUAUUGUAACGUUAAAACCUGUUGGUGAAGAUGAAGGAAUGUUAGUCCUUAUCGAUGAUGAGAGAAGUGCGGAUCAGCCAACUUUAGAUGUGGAAAGUAAUAUAUCAUUAGAAACUGAAACGGGAGAGCCGGACAAAACAUCAAGGAAAAAGACAACCCUUCCAAUCAUUUUGGAGAAGGCUAAAUCACCGCUUGGAGAACUCGGAGACAUUGUACUAAGAAGCUCGAAAUUCAAAAAAACAUUGGCUGACAUGCAUUCCAUUCUAAAAUACGGCUUAUUUCAGACUAAAAUAGAAGCGAAAAAAUUACGGCCAACUUCGGAACGGACUCAAAUGACAAGGAAGACAGAAGCAAAACCUGUAACACAAAUACCAUCAUUAGACACAGCAGGAAGGAAGACAUCAGAAACACAAUCGGAAGAGGAUAAUGGGAAUCAACAGAAAAGUUUAGGAACUGCCAGAAAAUUAAGAAAAAUGGGGGAAAAGUCCACACAACGAUACUUGGAAGCCCAACACACUCAAGAAGAAAAAUUCAGUAGCACAAGCGUUAAAAGUUCCAGUAGUGAAGGUAUUAACAUCUAA